GGGUACCGUGUCACGUGGGGCGGUACCGGGGCCGUUCGAGCGGAGCGGUUGGAAAUGGCGAGUCAGUCGCAGGGGAUUCAGCAGCUGCUUCAGGCCGAGAAACGGGCGGCGGAGAAAGUGGCCGAAGCUCGGAAGCGAAAGAAUCGCAGAUUGAAGCAAGCAAAAGAGGAAGCUCAAGCUGAGAUUGAGCAAUAUCGUCUACAGAGAGAAAAGGACUUUAAAGCGAAGGAAAAUGCUGCACUUGGUUCACAUGGUGAUUCUGCAACGGAAGUCGACAAAGACACCCAAGAGAAAAUUAGGAACAUUGGAGCAAGCUACGAACAGAACAAGGAAGUUGUCUUGAAUAAUCUUCUUGGUUUAAUCUGUGACAUUAAACCAGAAAUUCAUGUAAACUUUCGCAUUAAUGGUUAGAACUGCAAUGUAGUUUUGCCUUAGCAAUAAAAAUGAUCAUUGGAAUAGCAACAUUUUGUAUUUACCAUGAUUAUGCAAACUUAUUUGUGCAGCACUUGUACUUCUCAAUAAAAUCUGCAUCAGAUGAAUUUGGAAAAAGGGUAGUUUGAGUUUCUAAUGUAAAAUGUUCUUAUUAAUGUUGAAUGUGAGUAUUCCUUGUUUCUGUUAGAUUUUCAGUCAAAACUGAAGGUGCUACAACUGUCAUGAGUUCCUAUUCACACAAAAAGGCAAGGUUAUACCUUUAAUAAACAAAUGAUAAUUUUAUGGAGGGUAUACAGGAGAACAAUAACCUAUAAUUGUGUGCACUUGAAGUUUUUGAAUCUAGAGAAGAAUAUGCUGGACAUUUUUCUGAAUUAAAAGCAAUGAAUUUAUUAUUGCUUUGUCAAUUGGUUCUAAUAUGGUGGACCAAAUUACAACUGAGUGAAAUUGUCUUCUGCAAUUGAGUCAUUUAAUGGCCCAAAAAUACUAUAAAAUGUUCUUAUUGGAGUAGUGUCUCUGUCAUUUUAAAAAUACGAGCUUGCCUUUAAUGACUUUCCCUCCUGAAUCAAAGCUGUUUAAUUGUUCAAAUGUCUUCUAGAUUGUAUUGAAAUGUUUGAUUUAGUUUAUGCAGAAUGAUGUUACAGUACAGCAGUUUGGAUCAGUUCUUAAAAUUCUGUUUGAAAUGCCUCCUUAUUGUAUGCUGUUUGCUACUUUUAUCUGUAAACCUUUGUGUUCAAGUAAUUUAUCUCUCUCCAAAUAAAUCUCUAGCAAUAAAGCACUCAGUCUUCUCAUUGUA